AUGACGACCUCUCUUCCCAAAAGCCAUCAUUUAUUGCUCCUUGCACUCAUCAUCAUCAUCUUGGUGUCUGUUAUAUCAACAAAUUGUGAAUUAUCCUCCCAACAACCAACCAUCAAAAUUAAAGAUGAAAAAUUGAGAAAGUUAUUGAACAGAGAUCGGAUUGAAAUUGGCCAAUUAUUCAACAUGUAUCAAGGAAGAAAGGAUAUCAAAUUUGUUAAUAGUAAUAAUAAGAAGGCAACUGAUGCCAAGUUUUCACCAUUGAUUGCUGUAGGAGGGUUGGGUGGAUCUGCACUCAUGUCCAAGAGAGAUCAUGCUGUGAAUGAACCUCAUUGGUGGUGUGAAAAGACAACCAGAGAUCCAUUUCAAAUUUGGAUGUCUUUGGAAGAGUUAGUUCCAUUCUUUACUGAGGAUUGUUUCGUUCAUGACAUGUCUAUUGAGUUGAAAGAUGGAUUGUUGAGACAGAAAGAUAGUGGAGUGAGAAUUUUUGGAAAGGACAUUGGUGGAAUGGGUGGUUUGGAAUCAGUUUUUGCUCAAUUGGAAAGUAAGGCCUACUAUAUGAAAUAUUUAUCUGAUUAUUUGGUCAAGUAUGGAAAUUUUCAAAUUGGAAAGAGUUUGAGAGGUCUCACAAUUGAUUGGAGAUUGGGUGUUAAAGAAUGGUCCAAUAAUAAUAACACAAUUGGAGGUGAUUUUUACACAUUGAAAUCAUUGGUUGAGGAUACCUAUUACAAGAAUGGAAAUUUGAAAGUUUCCCUUCUUGGGCAUAGUAUGGGAGGUCCUUUCUUACAAUAUUUUUUGGCAAACUUUGUCAACCAAGUGUGGAAAGAUCAAUAUAUUUCAAAUUUCAUUCCACUAUCUGGUGCUUUUGAUGGUAGUCCAAUUGCAUUGAUAUUGUACAUGACAGGAACCAAUUGGGGACUUCCAAUAUUCGAAUUGGAAAAUGCCAGAAAGAUUCUUCACCAAUAUCCAUCACCAUUGUACAUGUCUCCAAAUUAUUCACCAUUCCAGUAUCCAUUUUUCACAUAUAACAAUACUAAAGUGGUCAAGAAUUAUGAAUCUUCUUCAUUGGCAGACAUUGAAAAAUUCAUGACAGAUGCCAAAAUUAAGAAUGGUUUCGAAUUGUAUCAACAUGAAUACUCUGCUUAUAAGUAUAAUAAGAUUGCUGCUCCAAAUGUCACCACUCAUUGUUUGUAUGGAUAUGGCAUCCCAACUAUCACUCACGUUGAAUAUUCAGGUCCAAAGGAAAUGAGUGAAUUGAAUUUCAAUGACCUAGUUCAUGGAAUGAAUAUUUUGAAAGUGGAAGAUGGAGAUGGAGUUGUUCCAUCCUAUUCUCUUCAAAUUUGUGAUGAAUUUGCUAAAUAUCAGAAACAACCAGUUUAUAUUCAUCGUUUCUUCAAUGCAAGUCAUACUGGAAUUAUUUAUGAAGAAAAAACAUUUGAAACUUUAUUGGAAAUAUUGAAAGUUAAUAAUUAAUGUACUUUAAUUCAAUGUAAUUUUAUAAACAAAUUAAUCUCUCAG